GUAAUGGGGCGGGGCGUUAAACCCCUGCGGAACUGCCUAGGAGACCCCGGCGUUGGGGCUACGCCAGCGCGCGCGCGACGCCGCCUCCUCCCUGCCUGAGCCGACUGGAAGGGGGCUGGGGGUUGGUUGGUGCCAGCAGCGGCGUGAGCGCUCCAGCGGCCGCCAUUUUACGCAGGCUCCUGCACAUUCUCCGGACACGUUGAGAGAGCGGAGAAGGGGCAGCUCCGCAACAGCUGAGCCGCCAGCCGCGCCCCCCUCCACACCACCCCCCUCCCCUCCGGAGCCCUUUUAGCUCACCAUUCAUCACCCCCUCGCCACUCACCCGCACAGAUAUCUGGAAACAUGGCUUCUGAACAUGUUAAUGGGAAUGGUACUGAAGAGCCCAUGGAUACUUCUGCUGCAGUUACCCAUUCUGAGCAUUUCCAGACAUUGCUUGAUGCUGGUUUACCACAGAAAGUUGCUGAAAAACUAGAUGAAAUUUACGUUGCAGGGUUAGUUGCUCACAGUGAUUUAGAUGAAAGAGCUAUUGAAGCUUUAAAGGAAUUUAAUGAAGAAGGUGCAUUGGCAGUGCUUCAGCAAUUUAAAGACAGCGAUCUAUCUCAUGUUCAGAACAAAAGUGCCUUUUUAUGUGGCGUAAUGAAGACAUACAGACAGCGAGAAAAACAAGGGACCAAAGUGGCAGAUUCUAGCAAAGGACCAGAUGAGGCAAAAAUAAAGGCACUUUUGGAGAGAACGGGUUACACGCUUGAUGUGACUACUGGACAGAGGAAGUAUGGUGGUCCUCCCCCAGAGUCUGUCUAUUCAGGACAGCAGCCAUCUGUUGGCACUGAGAUAUUUGUGGGUAAGAUUCCAAGAGACUUAUUCGAGGAUGAGCUUGUGCCGUUGUUUGAGAAAGCUGGACCUAUUUGGGAUCUGCGCUUAAUGAUGGACCCGCUGACUGGUCUAAAUAGAGGAUAUGCUUUUGUCACUUUUUGUAACAAAGAGGCAGCUCAGGAAGCUGUUAAAUUGUAUAACAAUCAUGAAAUUCGUUCCGGAAAACACAUUGGUGUAUGCAUCUCUGUAGCCAAUAACAGACUUUUCGUUGGCUCUAUUCCUAAGAGUAAAACCAAGGAGCAGAUAGUUGAAGAAUUUGGCAAAGUAACAGAGGGUCUUACAGAUGUAAUACUGUAUCAUCAGCCUGAUGACAAGAAAAAGAAUAGAGGUUUUUGUUUUCUUGAAUAUGAAGAUCACAAAACAGCAGCUCAAGCCAGGCGCAGAUUAAUGAGCGGAAAAGUGAAAGUCUGGGGAAAUGUCGUUACAGUAGAAUGGGCUGAUCCUAUAGAAGAUCCAGAUCCAGAAGUUAUGGCAAAGGUGAAAGUGUUGUUCGUGCGAAAUCUUGCAAAUUCAGUCACAGAGGAAAUUCUAGAAAAGGCCUUUAGUCAGUUUGGAAAACUGGAGCGAGUGAAGAAGCUAAAAGAUUAUGCUUUCAUUCAUUUUGAUGAACGUGAUGGUGCUGUAAAGGCAAUGGAAGGAAUGAAUGGCAAAGAUUUAGAAGGAGAAAAUAUUGAAAUAGUUUUUGCAAAGCCACCGGAUCAAAAAAGAAAAGAACGAAAAGCACAGAGACAAGCUGCUAAAAAUCAAAUGUAUGAUGAUUAUUACUACUAUGGUCCACCUCAUAUGCCCCCACCUGCAAGAGGUCGUGGAAGAGGAGGUAGAGGUGGCUAUGGAUAUCCCCCUGACUACUAUGGAUAUGAAGAUUAUUAUGAUUAUUAUGGCUAUGAUUACCAUAACUAUCGUGGUGGAUAUGAAGAUCCUUACUAUGGUUACGAAGAUUUUCAAGUUGGAGCUAGAGGAAGGGGUGGUAGAGGAGCAAGGGGUGCUGCUCUUUCCAGAGGUCGCGGGGCUGCUCCUCCCCGUGGCAGAGCCGGCUAUGCACAAAGAGGUGGUCCUGGAUCAGCAAGAGGUGUUCGUGGUGCGCGAGGAGGUGCCCAGCAACAAAGAGGCCGCGGGGUACGUGGUGCAAGGGGUGGCCGCGGUGGAAAUGUAGGAGGAAAGCGCAAAGCUGAUGGGUACAACCAGCCAGAUUCCAAGCGGCGCCAGACCAAUAAUCAGAACUGGGGCUCCCAACCCAUUGCUCAGCAACCGCUCCAAGGUGGUGAUCAUUCUGCAGGGAAAAGGGGUCGAGGCCGGUCCUGACCUGUUACAAUGAAGACUGACUUGCUAUGUGGGAUUACACCAGAAGCUUGCAGUGGAGUAAUGGUAAGGAAAAUCAAGCAACCUUAAGUAUUUCGGCUGUAUAGGAGCAAAUUAUUUUGUAGAAGAUCCUUCAUCGAAGAUCAUGGAAAUCAAAUAUGGGACAUUGGACUUUGAUAUGAAUUUCUUUGUUUUCUCUGCAGUGCAAACUAUAAAUUUAAAGCUAAUAUUUCCCAAUGUGUUCAACAAAAUUCUUUAUCUUUAGCAUGGCCUCUUUAAAAAGUUUUCUUAAAAAAUCUGCUUAAAGUAGAUUUUUCCUCCCCUGGUGUUUUAAAAUGGAUCCCACAAAGGCAAUUCUCUGAUUGCUCUGAAAUUUUUAUUGUGGUGAUAUUAGGUGAAUGCCAUCAUUGGUAUCCUUAACUCUUAUUUCUGCUCAUGAAGGUUAAUCAUGGUUGUCUAUAUAGUAAUCACUUUGAAAUGUGUUCAGAUACAGCAGUUUUCAGGUGUAAUCAUCAGAGCUGGUUAGUCAGGCAUUCCAGAUAGUGGUUCUUUUCAGAACCUUUUUUAAAGGGUUGGUUAACUACCUCAGUAGCAGAGGAUUGAACUAUACCCUAUCUGUACUGUACAUAGAAAAUCUUUGUAGAUAAAACCAAGGCUUGUUUAAUUAUGACAUGAGGGUUAAAAUAUAUACCAAAUGUAACAUUCUUAGUUGCCUUUAAUUUCAGAGGCUUUGUAAGAUUCCCUCAUGUCCAUCAUAACAGGCCUUGCUUUUGUCGUAUUUUGUGGCUGAAAAAGCAGCCUUGCUUCUUCAGAUAUUGUAGUUAUUUGGAUGUAUAAUAGUUUAGCGAGAUGUUACUUUUUGUAAGACAUCAAAUGUUCAAAAAAGUGCAUCAGCAACUUGUACUAAAUACUGCAGUGUCCCUUUAUAAAAGGUCAGACUAAAACUGACAACUGUACAGUGAAGCCUGACAUUUGGAUAUUUUGAAGUUUUUCAUAAAUCAUAGAAAAUAGUAUAUGGCUGUAGUUUAGCUUUUUAGGUAACGGUAUGUUUUCUCAUUAGUGCAUUUCUUACUGCUGAUUGCUGUAAAAACAGGCAGAUCAGCUUUCCAUUUUCUCUUUAUGCAGAUCAUGAUAACCUGUAGAGUAGAAUACAAUCAUUUGUGCUAUGUUUUAAUUUUCUAAAGCACCUUGAUGACAGUGAGUGUUAAGUGGUGAAACAUCCUCUAUUGAAUCACCCUUCCAAAAAGUUCUGUCAAGUCCAAUCAUGCAUAGAUAAAAUAAUUAUGACUUGGUAUGGACUUGACAUAAAGAGCUUCCCUUAUACCCUUCCCCAAAGGGAUACUGCAGUUGUUACAUAUCCGUAGGCACCACAGUAAGAACUGAGACACCUAAUUAAGGUUUUAUACACACCAGUUCCCCAGUAAAUGAAAAAACUUAACAAAAAUAGAUGUCAUAUGUUAAAUGCUCAUUGCAAACAAUCAUUUUGCAUUCCUGCAAAUAAAAUUGUUUUAUACUGUAAGCUGGAGGCAAGUGUAACUUAUUUUUGUAAUAAAGUUUUUAUUUUUUUUAUGUGUCAUUAAUAUAAAUGUGUGUUAGUGCAGAAAUCUUCUGG